AUGAAGACCGCUCUGCCACCUGAAGUUGCAGCUCAAGCUCAGGCGAGACGGGAGUUGGCCGCCAACCUGGGGGCGUUGCAAAAACCGCUGUUGGAACUCGCAAGGAUGCUGCCUCCUGGCAGUGGUGCUCGUCCCAUGGAGGAGGUUUUGACCUAUUUACGGAAUGAGGAUGCCCCUCGCCUCGCUAAUCUGGUGGAAAGGCUAAAGCAAGAGGUUCAGGGGGGCGGUGAUGUGAACAACGAUGAAGCGGAGAGGUGGAAGGAGCAAGGAGUCAAGGCCUAUGAGAUGGGGAAAAUGGACGAAAGUGUGCUCAUGUACACUCGUGGAGUGAUGUAUGCCAGUCAGGACGAGACCCUAGCAACACUUCUCUAUGACCGCAGUACAGUCUUUUUGGCCCAAGCACGCCUUACAGAGGCGCUGGCAGAUGCUCAUAUGGCCUUCACCUUAAUGCCGAACAACUGGAAAGCAUUGGAGCGUCGUGGUGUAUGCUUACAAAAGUUGGGAUUUGAAGAGGAAGGUAAAAAAGAUAUUCACGCAGCAGAUAUUGUAAAUGCGGCAUCGGCAAAUACAGUUAAGGUGAUCUCGAAGAUUAUACAUGUUGAUGGUGGCAGUUGUGAAGAUAAGGCGAUGAACUUACUGGAAGGGGGAAUUUCUUCUUCUCAUGUGGAUAGUAUCACGUACAACGAUAACAUGAGAGGGGUAGUGGCAAAAUGUCGUUUGGAACUUGGAGAAAUUAUGACGGAAAUGCCCGUUGUUCAUGCGUUACAUGAUGAUCAUUGGUGUAUACGCUGUAGUUAUUGCUUGCGCAUGACACAGGCCUUGUAUCCUGGGACAGCCUAUCGUGAAAAAGAAAAAUUGGCUCGAGGACUCUUUUGUGGUGAAGAGUGUGGCCGCCUGAGUUGGGAACGCUUUGGCCAAUACGAGAGUGCAAACCCUUUUUUUCAAAUAUGCCCGAUCGAGGCCUUAGUUGCAAGUCGUAUAUUGUGUUCUGAAGAUGCAGUUUUUAGGUGUAAAUCUAUUCGUGGGAACUUUACAGGUGAGUUGUACCCUGUGGCUAUCGUUGGGGGUUAUGAAACUGCCGUGAGCCUCUGUGCACUCUUGCUAGAUGCAGUGGGUGUAAAGGACGCGGAUCGCCUGCGGUUUGCUCAGCGUCAAGUCUUAUUGUCCAGCUUUGACAUAAAGUUCUACACAGGAUCGCAGAUUACGAUCCAUCCGGAAACUCGAGAGGCACUUAUUGGUGAGCCUCGACCGAUACCCGUUGGGAAAGCGAUGUAUGUGUCCGCCGCGCAGUAUCGUCACUCGUGUGACCCAAACUGUUUUGCCUCAUUUGUAGGGAACCCGCUUGGCUGCUCACCUCAUCUCGUCAUUCGCGUCAUACGACCUGUCCAUGCGGGUGAGGAGCUUACCAUUGCCUACCACAACAUGACAACAUACAAGGCUGUGAGUGCUCAGUUCCGGCGUCGUGUUCUUGCCGAACGCUGUGGAUUUAUGUGCAACUGCAAGGCAUGCCUUGAAAAUAAAGAUGAACGUGUUACCAUAGAAAAGAAGGGUUAUUACAUUCAGGCCAGUGAUUUGUAUCAAAAGGGGUGUCGUUUAAUUCGUGAGGGUCAAUAUGAUGUUGCUGUCACGGUUUUGUCACAAAGUUAUGCUAUUGUCAUGGAACAAUUGUGCCCCCCACCCCGACCCCCGCAAUCCAUGAUUCCAAAAACACACAUGGCUCUUGCGAGAGCAUUUAAUAACCUAAAGGAUAACAAGAAAUGUGUGGAACACCUGCUUGCCAAGAUGGAGCUGGACCUGAAACUUUACGGAGAAGUCCAUCUGGAGUUUAUAGACGAUUACAUUCGUCUUGCCUACUUGGCGCCGACUGAGGAGGAGAGAGGGGAAUUUGCGCAACGAGCCAAGACCCUUCUCUCUCGUUUUUAUGCCCCUUCGAAGGAGCUCCUUGCACAAAUGAGUCGAUUAGAUUCGUUUGUGGCACGACCCGGGCUGUAG